UCGAAGUCAUUGAACAUGUUUUUUUUUAAACCACAUUCGAAGUCAUUUCCUCCUUCCAGUAAUGGAACUCGAGGAGCACGUGGUGACCCGGCGGUGUUUGCCAGGACUUCUGUGUCAGUGAAAGCGUCGUCUCGUGGGGGCGGUGAUCAUAACGUGGAGAAGUGGCGAAGCUCAAAACACGGCCGACCUCAGAUCAGCCCGAGAGAGCAGGAGAGACGCGCCGCGGGGAACAAGCCGCUUGAAAACCAACAGGUAGGAGGACACGGUUUAUCGAUCUCGAUGGACUGGUCCCUAAUUGUAUUUUUACAAGUGAUGUUUCAGCCAUCUCUCUCAGUGUUGUUCACUGUUUGGGCCGGGAAAAGCACAUACGAGGCGCAGUUUGGAGGAGAUGUCGUGAUGAGCUGCAGGUUUAAGCCUAAACCGUCGAAUCCUCAGGCUGACCUGAAGGUGACCUGGAACUGGAUCAGCUCCACCUCGGUUCGAGAAGUGUACCGUAUGGACAACGGGGAGGAGGUCAGUGCGUCCCGAGAUCCGGACUAUCGGGGCAGAGUGAAGCUUUUCACUGAGGAGCUGAAGGAAGGCGUGGCCAAGUUGCAGGUCUCAAGGCUCCGGAUCAAUGACUCUGGGACCUACCAGUGUUCGGUGCAGACAGAACAAGGAGCUGAUUACAAAGCGAUAACUUUGUCCGUUGUAGCACCUUACAAAACUGUGGCUAAACGCAUUCAAAAGACUGCAGAUGAGGGAUGGUUGCUGCUAACCUGCCAGUCUCAGGGAUACCCCGAGUCCUCCGUCACGUGGCACAACGGACACCUGCAAAGACCCCCGGGACCCGACACCACCGCUGUAUCAACCGAAGACCUGCUUUACACAGUCACCAGUCAGAUACGCGUCCGAUCCACAGACAAAAACAACUACACUUGUUCCUUUGCACAGGAUGGGAAUUCUGCAACGUUUCACAUCCCAGAUGAGAUUCCUGUUCUUCAUGUCCAAAAGGAUGCUCUCAUCGUUGUGUUGAGCAUCGGACUGAUAAUGGUUGUCAUCAUCAUCGCAGUGCUCGUGUACAGACGACGAAAAGGUUUUCGGCUUGGUACCAGGAACCUUCCGGUCUGUUGUGGGGGGAAGUCUAUUCCUGCUGUUGACUGCCUCAAAAGAGAAAAGGACAACGAGGAAGAGAUAGGAGUUUUUAAUGAAGUUUCCGUGGAGGAAAAUUUGGGGGUGUUUCUGAAAGCAAGCUAUGGUGACGUCAGCCCAGAGGUGAGACACCACUGGAAUUCCUUUGUUGUGGAGGAGCUGCCUCACAAGCUGAGUAACAAUGAGGGCCAACCUGUCAAUCUUCAAGCUUUACUGCCGGAAGCAGGAGAGACACUUUUCCUUGAAGGACCCCCAGGAAGCGGCAAGACGACCGUGGCCCACAUCCUGGUCUCUUCUUGGUCUGAGGGGUCCGCACAUCCACUCUCCAAAUUCCUCGAUCUCAGCACUCUUCCACUUCUCUUUUACGUCGACUGCGGAAAAGCGAAGGGUGACCUGUUUCAGGAAAUCACGAUUCAGCGCUCUCUCACGGAAAGGAUGUCCACGGAGGACGAGCUGAGGACGGUGUUGACCAGCUCCCGCGAGGCUCUGCUGCUGUUGGAUGGCUACAGAGAGGGGAACCCACUUUUCGACGCGUCCUUGAGGAAGUUCCUAGUGGAAAAAGGAGGGUGCAGGGUGUUGGUCGUGGCCUGCCAAGGACACUGGCCCACACUCAAGGACACAGUUGAGCCAAAGAGGGUGCUGCAGCUGCAAGCAGUAUGACGCACAGAGGACUCGCGUGUACGUGAAUAACAAAGACGUUGAGCAGGUGUUACAUGUAAAACAAACACAAGUUUUUGUAUGAACCCAAAUAUGCUGCGAAAUGUGUUGAUUUAUAUGUGCUGUAUAUACUAAUUGUGCAUUCUUUACAUGGCAGCCCUGAUAUUUAUUAAAACUUUUUACAAUAAUA